UCUGAUAGUGGAGAUGAUGUGACAUUUGAGAAAACUUCAGAUACUGAGGAGAGUAUUCCCAUGGAAACAAACCAGUCUGAUCAGAUCAGUAGCAAAGAUAAUGUUGAAGAUAUUCUUAAAACUCCUGAACCACCAGUGACUUUCACCAAAAUGAUUGAGGUCACUCCACAAAGAUCACAUGAUACCAAGGAUAAAGUACUAACAGAUACAGAAAUGAUGUCCUGUUCAACACCUGAAGCUCCACAAACCAACACACCCAUGAUAAAACCAAGACUGUUGGCUGAAUCCACAGAAUCUCCAAUCAGCAUCAAUUCAACACCACAGGGUUUCCUUGUCCCACCACAGCCUAUCACAGUCACACCAAUGCUUAAGCAUGCGGACCUUGUGGCGGUAACUCCACCUGGUUUGUCAAAGGGAAAAGAACAUCCAGAUCUACCAGCCCCACCCAUCAUGGGUACUCCAGGAUUCAAGACAAUUGUGCCCACAGGAGAGGAAUCUCCUGUUGUUGGGCUUGAAUUGUCCUUUAGUUUGGAUAGUCUCCCACCUCCCCCUGACAUUACAUCUGUUCAGCUCCUGAAGCCAGAUGACAUAGCAGCUCCUAUUCAAAGCAACCAUUUGGCUGUAUUUGUACAGCCUCUUAGUGAACAAGAGUACAGUUCCUUACCAGUGUAUGUAGCCAAUCAGUUUACCUUAGAAUGCAUCAAUCAGCAUCUCCAUACAAUAAAUGGAUUUUUGGCCGGUGGCAAUCAAGUGCGACAUGAACCUGUCAUGGUUGAACAGGAUCUUAGAGAUUUGUUAAACUUGGGAGCAGCUACCAAAGCAUUCAUGUUGGUGUUGGUGAAAACAGGAAGGUUAAAGCUCACAGGGAAGAAGAUCAUGUUUGUGAACUCUGCAUAGAUCAGAUUUAAGAACUAAAUUAUAGCCCUUACACCUUUUCCUUAAGAAUGGCUGAGAAUAGCUCAUGUAAAGAUACUCACUGGAAAGUUUUUUAACCAGGAACGUAUCCCACAGCACUUGGAUCAAAAGAGUAACCACCAGAAAUCAACAAUAAAUGUAUAAAUAACUUUA